AUGGCCAAGGACUUUGGCUGCACCGUGAUGGAGAUGCGGCGGCUAAUGGAGCUGCACGGCAGCGAGGCCGUGGCCCAUAUCAACGAGCGUUUUGGGGGUGUGCUGGGCCUCUGCGAGAAGCUGCGGACCUCGCACAUCGAAGGACUAACUGGGAACCCUGCAGAUCUGGAGAGACGUAAGCAGGUGUUUGGAGAAAACUUCAUCCCCCCUAAAAAGCCCAAGACCUUUUUGGAAUUAGUGUGGGAGGCUCUACAAGAUGUUACACUCAUAAUCUUGGAGGUGGCAGCAAUCGUCUCCCUGGGCCUAUCCUUCUACCGACCUCCUGGUGAUGAAAAUGAGGUGGAGUGUGGAGGAUCCACAAUUGGUGUCGCAGAGGAAGGGGAGGCAGAAACUGGCUGGAUCGAAGGGGUAGCUAUCCUAUUUUCGGUCAUCAUUGUGGUGUUUGUGACGGCCUUCAAUGACUGGAGCAAGGAAAAGCAGUUCCGGGGCCUACAGAGCCGGAUUGAGCUUGAACAGAAGUUCACUGUUAUCCGCAAGGGCCAGGUCAUCCAGUUGCCUGUGUUUGAGAUUGUGGUUGGAGAUAUCGCCCAGAUCAAAUAUGGUGACUUGUUGCCUGCAGACGGGGUCCUAAUCCAAGGGAAUGAUCUGAAAACUGAUGAGAGUGCCCUAACUGGAGAGUCUGACCAUGUCGAGAAGACCGUAGAGAAAGACCCCAUGCUACUUUCAGGGACCCAUGUGAUGGAAGGGUCUGGCCGGAUAGUAGUGACUGCAGUGGGUGUGAAUUCCCAAACUGGAAUAAUUUUCACCCUUUUGGGGGCAUCAGAGAGUGAUGAGGGGAAGAAGGAAAAAACCGGUAAAAAACAAGGAGCCCCUGAAAAUCGCAACAAAGCUAAGACCGAACAUGGUGUGCCUCCAGAGAUCCAGCCCCUGAAGAGCCAAGAAAGGAUAGAGGAAGAAGAGAAGAAGAAGAAGAAGAAGGUGACCAAGGAAAAGUCCGUGCUACAGGGCAAGCUGACACGCUUGGCUGUUCAGAUUGGGAAAGGUGGUCUUUUCAUGUCUGUACUCACAGUUCUUGUCUUGAUAUUGUCCUUUGUGAUCAACACAUUUGUGGUGCAAGGUCAGAAUUUGAACACGGAAUGCAUCCCCAUCUACAUCCAGUACUUUGUCAAGUUCUUCAUCAUUGGGAUCACAGUGCUUGUAGUGGCUGUACCAGAAGGGUUGCCUUUGGCUGUCACCAUCUCAUUGGCCUAUUCUGUCAAGAAAAUGAUGAAGGAUAAUAACCUUGUGCGUCACCUGGAUGCCUGUGAGACCAUGGGGAAUGCAACGGCCAUCUGCUCAGACAAGACAGGCACGCUGACUUUGAACCGCAUGACAGUAGUGCAGGUGUUCACAGGGGACACUCACUUCAAGAAGGUCCCCAGCCCAGAUGUCCUUGCACCCAAUACCCUGGACCUCAUUGUCAAUGGCAUCUCCAUCAAUAGUGCCUACACAUCCAAGAUCUUGCCUCCAGAGAAGGAGGGAGGGCUUCCUCGGCAGGUGGGCAACAAGACAGAGUGUGGCCUCCUGGGCUUUGUCAAAGACCUGAAACACGACUACCAGGCAAUAAGGAAUGAGGUGCCAGAGGAGACAUUCUACAAAGUCUACACCUUCAAUUCAUCACGCAAAUCAAUGAGCACAGUUAUCCAGAAGCCAGAUGGAACUUUUCGAAUGUACAGCAAGGGGGCCUCAGAGAUCCUCCUGAAAAAGUGCCUCUGGAUCCUUGACAGGAAUGGGAACCCACAGAUGUUCAGCCCUGCAGAACGUGAUAGUAUGGCACGCAAAGUGAUUGAGAAGAUGGCCUGUGAGGGGCUUCGGACCAUCUGUCUCGCUUACCGAGACUUUGAGGAGGAGCCUGCCUGGGAAGAUGAACAUAUGAUCCUCUCUAAGCUGACCUGCAUCGCUGUAGUUGGCAUUGAAGACCCUGUGCGCCCAGAGGUGCCUGCAGCCAUCCACAAGUGCAAAGUGGCUGGCAUCACUGUCCGAAUGGUGACAGGAGACAACAUCAACACAGCUCGAGCUAUUGCCACCAAGUGUGGCAUCCUGACUCCUGGUGAAGACUUCCUGUGCUUAGAGGGCAAAGAGUUCAACCAACGUAUCCGAAAUGAGAAGGGUGAGGUGGUGCAGGAGGAGCUAGACAAGAUAUGGCCCAAGCUUCGAGUGCUGGCCCGAUCAUCCCCUACGGACAAGCACACGCUGGUGAAAGGUAUCAUUGACAGCACUGUGGGGGAACACCGGCAGGUGGUGGCUGUUACUGGGGAUGGUACCAACGAUGGGCCAGCCUUGAAGAAAGCAGACGUCGGCUUUGCCAUGGGCAUUGCAGGUACAGAUGUGGCAAAGGAGGCAUCAGACAUCAUUCUAACAGAUGACAACUUUACCAGCAUUGUUAAGGCAGUGAUGUGGGGUCGAAACGUCUAUGACAGCAUUUCCAAGUUUCUGCAGUUCCAGCUCACUGUCAAUGUGGUGGCUGUGAUUGUGGCCUUCAUUGGGGCCUGUUUCACCCAGGAUUCCCCACUGAAAGCUGUGCAAAUGUUGUGGGUGAACCUGAUCAUGGAUACUUUUGCCUCCCUUGCCCUGGCUACCGAGCCACCCACAGAGGCAUUGCUCUUGAGACAACCCUAUGGCCGCGAUAAGCCACUGAUCUCCAAGACUAUGAUGAAAAAUAUCCUGGGACACGCAAUCUACCAGCUUUGCAUCGUCUUUACCCUUCUUUUUGUUGGUGAAAAGUUCUUUGACAUCGACAGUGGGAGAAAAGCCCCCUUAAACGCCCCACCCUCCCAACAUUAUACCAUUGUAUUCAAUACCUUCGUCCUAAUGCAGCUCUUCAAUGAAAUCAAUGCCCGAAAAAUCCAUGGUGAGAGGAAUGUCUUUGAAGGCAUGUACCGUAACCCCAUCUUCUGUAGUGUGGUGAUUGGCACAUUUAUCACCCAGAUCGUGAUAGUGGAAAUCGGGGGCCAAGCCUUUAGCUGCACAAACCUUUCCUUGAGCCAGUGGCUCUGGUGUCUUUUCCUUGGGAUUGGAGAGCUGCUGUGGGGCCAGAUAAUCAAUACAGUGCCUACUUCAAGACUGACUUUCUUGAGGGAAGCUGGGUAUGCCAUCACCAAAGAAGAAAUCUCCAAGAGAAGCCUGGCUGAGGGACUGGAAGAAAUUGACCAUGGAGAAAUGGAGCUGCGCCGUGGCCGGAUUCUCUGGUUCCGGGGCCUGAAUCGCAUCCAGACUCAGAUCAAGGUAGUUAAGAGAUUCCACAUGGCAAUCGACUCUUAUCGUGGACACAUGAGGAGACAGAGCACCAAGAGUUUGCAAGAUAUACAAUCUGUUUCUACCCCAAGUCUUGCAAAUCUUUCUCCCGAUAAUUCUGCUGCCAACAUUUCUGUUCCUGAAUCUUCUAUGGGCAACCUGACCGUAGAAGUGGCUUCAGCCAUGCCGGUGACUACUUCUGUGGUGAACAACAGGGAGGCAGCCCCAAGCAGCCUGUGCAGCUGGCCAGGAGAAUGGUGCCUCAGUCCCAGCCCACACCCAGACUCUGUGGCAGGUUUUGGAGAUUCUCUAGCCCUGCCCUACUCCCCACCACCACCCUCCAAGUUCUCCCAGUGUGCUCCACUUUCCUCCCAGAUGGCCAUGAAGAGCCCCACUUCUUCUUGGAUCAAAGUCGUGAAAGCAUUCUGUAGCUCUCUCCUUGAAGGCCUUGAGAAACCCAAAACCCGAAGCUCUAUCCAUAACUUCAUGACUCAUCCCCAAUUCACCCUGGAAGAAGAUGAGCCAAGAACGCCACUCCUAGAUGGCAGUGAGGAGGAUGAAGAUAGCAAAGAGUCCGGGACAAACAGAUUCCCCAAGGCCACUGGGAGCAAAGAACCCCAUCCUUUCUAUCCAGCAAUGAAAACUACAGUGCUUUGA